CCGGAACUGACGAUUCAGCGGGAAAUGUAAACAGAAGAUACGGGCCGGAAGAUACUGCAACCAAGAACAUCAAUGUGAGCCUUCUUUAACAGCUGAUAUGAAGAUGCGACUGAAGGAUUCCUGAAGUACCAAGUUAUUAGUAACCAUGAGUAGUCAAGGCAGCAACUACAGCAACUAUGGCCAACAAAGCCAGGGAAGUAACUAUGGCAACCAGGGUCGAGGUAGCCAGGGAAGAGGCAGAAGUUCUGGGGGAGGCAGAGGAAAUUGGCGGGGCAGAUGGAGGGGGCGUGGUGGUAGAUACUUCAGUCAUCAUGGCAACAGAGGAGGAAGGGGUGCAAAUCAGGGGGGAGCUGGACCAGUUCUGAUGGAUGGUCCCCAAGGUGGUCGCCGUCCACCCCCUAUGGUACAGACUAGAAUAGAGGUCCAAUCACCGUACAAAGGAUGGAGGAUGUACUUCCCAGAGGAAGUUUACUGUGACCAUUCUCCGACUGUCACCAGAAUCCAGGUGUUUGAGAAAUACAUCAUCAGUUGGUCCAACUCCUAUAAAUGGAAUGAUGUUGAAGAAAAGGGAAGCUUUACUGUAGAAUAUAAAGAACUGAUGGAUGAUCAAAUAAUCCUGGAGAAGUUACCAGAUUUACCAGCUAAUCUGAAGGACAUGCCAGAAAAUAUCCUAUCCUGUCUUGGUAUUGCUGCACACCAGUUUGUAACUAACCUGAGGAUGAGAGAGUCCGCAGAGAACGAGGACGGCACAGACCAGCCUGAUGUGAGCUACUGUGUACCUAUGAUCCAGGCGAGGGUUACAAACUUCGGCUCACCUAUACCUUUGAAAAACCUUAAGGCCAAUUAUUAUGGAAAGUUUAUUUCCAUCAAGGGGACAGUGGUGAGGGUUGGUAAUAUCAAACCACUGUGUACCCGCCUCGCGUUUGAAUGCAAUAGCUGUGGAAUGGUACAGAGUGUUUCAUUACCAGAUGGAAAAUAUGUUUUACCAACAAAGUGUCCGUCCCAGGAGUGUAGAAGCAAGACCUUCGUACCUAGGCGUAGCUCUGAUCUUACACAGACAAUAGACUGGCAAACUAUCAGAGUGCAAGAAAUCAUGGGGGAUACACAGAAGGAGACAGGACGGAUACCAAGGACUAUCGACUGUGAACUGACACAAGAUCUAGUGGACAGUGCUGUUCCUGGGGACAUAGUGACAGUAUCUGGAGUGGUCAAGGUCAACAGUGUGGAUGAGGGUCGGGGACGUAACAAAGACAAGUGUAUGUUCCUGCUGUACCUACAGGCCAACUCUGUCAACAACACUAAAGGCAACAAGUCUGGAGACACAGCAGGCCUGGCCAUCGACUUCUCCAUCAAGGAACUCUAUGCCAUUGAGGAGAUACAGAGUGAAACCAACACCUUCAGACUCCUGGUUGGGUCUGUGUGCCCUUCUAUAUAUGGACAUGAGUUGGUGAAAGCUGGACUGAUCCUGGGACUUUUUGGAGGAACACAGAAAUACACAAACGAUAAGAACCGUAUCCCAGUGCGAGGUGAUCCACACGUCUUGGUGGUAGGAGAUCCUGGGCUGGGCAAGAGUCAGAUGUUACAGUCGGCCUCCAACAUAGCCCCUAGAAGUGUAUAUGUGUGUGGUAACACUACAACUACCUCAGGUUUGACAGUGACUUUGUCAAGAGAUGGUGGAUCUGGAGAUUUUGCCUUGGAGGCAGGUGCCCUGGUGCUGGCUGACCAAGGGUGCUGCUGUAUUGAUGAGUUUGACAAGAUGGGAAAUCAACACCAGGCAUUACUGGAGGCUAUGGAGCAACAGAGUAUCAGUGUGGCCAAGGCAGGAAUUGUCUGCAGCUUGCCUGCACGGACGUCGAUCAUAGCUGCUGCUAAUCCUGUAGGAGGUCACUAUAACAAAUCUAAAACUGUAUCAGAAAAUCUCAAGAUGGGAAGUGCCCUGUUGUCAAGAUUUGAUCUUGUGUUCAUUCUCCUCGACAAACCAGAUGAGGAAAUGGAUAGCAUGUUGUCUGAACAUGUCAUGGCCCUGCAUGCUGGCAAAAACAGAUCUAUGACAAGAGUCACAGCAAGAAGAUCAGGGGGAGACGACUCCAUCCUGCUGACGGAGACAGACAAACCCCUAAGUGACAGACUGAAGGUUCCUCGAGGAGAAGCCUUUGAUCCCAUUCCAGCCCAACUACUCAGAAAGUAUGUCGGGUAUGCCAGAAAGUAUGUCCGCCCAAAGAUCGGGAAAGAAGCUGCUACUGUUCUACAGGAGUUUUACUUGGAGCUCCGUAAGCAGCACCAAACACAAGACAGCACACCCAUCACCACACGACAACUCGAGUCACUGAUUCGCCUGACAGAGGCACGUGCACGCCUGGAGCUGCGCGAGGAAGCAACAAAAGAUGAUGCUAAUGAUGUGAUAGAGGUCAUGAAGUACAGUAUGGUAGACACAUACUCAGAUCAGUUUGGGGGCCUUGACUUCCGCCGCUCACAGCAUGGCUCAGGCAUGAGUGGGCGCUCACAGCCCAAGAAGUUUGUAGCGGCUUUGCAGAAAAUCUCGGAGCAGACCUAUAACUCGAUAUUCACUAUACCACAAAUGAGACAAAUUUCAAAGGAUAUUGGCCUCAACAUUCUGGACUUUGAAAGUUUCAUAAGUUCACUAAACAAUCAAGGGUAUCUAUUGAAGAAAGGAACCAAGGUUUACCAGUUACAGACAGCGGACUAUUGAUGGAGGCUACAACAGAACUUCCUCACUGACUAGCUAAAGUUAAUCGUGUGCUGUCUCCUGAUAGAGGCUACA